GAGUACUGCCUGGUCUACUCGCUACUCGCUGCUCUACAGAAUGCCCCAAGUCUAUCUCGCAAGCAGCACGGCCCCAGUCAACAUCGCAGUCGUCAAGUACUGGGGAAAACGCGACCCAGUCCUCAACCUACCAACCAACAGCAGUCUCUCCGUAACCCUCUCGCAAGAAGACCUACGCGCAUUCACCUCUGUCGCAUGCUCACAAGACUUCCCUGAAGACCGCAUGUGGCUGAAUGGCGAGGAACGCCACGUCCCUGCUGAUAAGCGGCUCGUUGCAUGUCUCAAGGCACUCCGUGCACUCCGACAACAAGUCGAGGACAAGGACACCUCUGCACCUACACUCUCGCGCAUGUGUAUCCAAAUUGCAAGUGAAAACAAUUUCCCUACUGCAGCAGGACUUGCUUCGUCUGCAGCUGGUUUUGCAGCGCUUGUACGAGCCAUUGCAGAUCUUUACCAGCUCCCUCAAUCAGCAGCAGAGUUGUCCCGUAUUGCGCGACAAGGCAGUGGGUCUGCGUGUCGUUCGCUGUUUGGUGGUUAUGUUGCUUGGCAGAUGGGUAGUCAAGAUGAUGGCAGUGACUCAAUGGCUGUACAGGUCGCACCGCAAGAAGCUUGGCCGCAGAUGCGAGCGUGCAUUUUGGUUGCAAGUGCGCAAAAGAAGGAUGUUAGCUCAACGGCCGGUAUGCAACAUACCGUCGCUACAUCGACACUCUUUGCGGAGCGUGUUCGUCAAACUGUCCCUGAUCGGAUGCAAGCCAUGACGAGCGCGAUCGAGGCGAGAGAUUUUGCCAAGUUUGCAGAAAUCACGAUGCGGGACAGUAAUAGCUUCCAUGCUGUGUGUCUCGAUACCUACCCUCCCAUCUUUUACAUGAACGACAUCAGUCGUGCGUGUGUAAGGCUUGUGGAGCAAAUGAAUGCUGCUGCUGGAGCAACGAUUGCUGCGUAUACGUAUGAUGCUGGACCCAAUACUGUCGUCUACUACCUUGAAGAGAAUGAAGCGAAAGUCCUUGCCUACGUCAAGGCAGCUGUGUCGCAAGGGACACAAGGUAUGGACAGCCCACAGUUUUCUGAGGUGACGCCAGCAUCAGACGUGCAGGAAGCUGCUCAUGAUGUGAUUGAAAAGGGCGUGCAACGGGUCAUCCUCACUAAAGUCGGCCCAGGCGCACAAAGUGUAAGCGAGUCUCUGCUCGAUGCCUUUGGCUUCCCCACAAGUGAACCGAUAUUAUAGGAAAUGCAUAGCUACUUUAAUCCUCCUCAGCCAACAUGCUACUAU